CGAUGGUGUCAAAACUUCGCCUCAUCCAGCCGCCAGUUCAACCGUGCCUCCUCAACUAUUCUAUCCACUUCGACCAGACCACGUACCCAACCUACACGGAGGUUGUCGUCUUAAACAGGGACCGCCUGUAUCGCAAAGGAGACGUCCUUACCGUCAAGGUGGUGGCAAGAGACAAAGAAGGAAGGUCGAAGACGUACGGAGGAGACUUUUUCCGUGCCAGACUGGUCAGCAGUGACCGUUCGCUACAGGCCAGUAGUGCCGGUCACGUCACUGACCAUUGUAACGGUACCUACACCGUGCAGUUCCCACUGUACUGGGUUGGGAAUAUUUCAAUAAAGAUCCAGCUUGUCCAUCCAAGCGAGGCAGUGAAGGUUCUACAGAGCUUGCGACAAGUUCCGAACAAGAGAGACUUCCAUUGCACCUUCGUCGAUCGGAAAACCAAGGGCCAGUAUACACAGCAAUGCUUCAGCUCUAACAACCCCAGCCUACCACCCCACCGAAAGUGCGAUUUCUCAAAACCAGAGGCAAACGGAACCUGGAUUUGUGAGAAACCGGAGAAACUACCGUGUUCCGCCAUCACAAAGUGUCGAUGGAACCCAGAUAUGAGCAGGGUACGGGGCCUUGUGUCUCAAGAGGAAAUAAAACUUUUCCAAAAGCCAUAUCUUGAGACAGAACUUGAAGUACACCCCAAGGAGCCCAUACGAGUCCUUGAGACAGAACUGCCCACACCAGAACACCUUCCAGCGUGUACCGGGAACACACGUGAGUCCGGAGCUUCGCUGGGACAUUGGUCAGGCAAGGUGUGGAAGUCAGCUGUCUGUAAUGUCCGAGUCUUCACUAAGGAAGACAUCCGGCAAUGCCUGGCUAACAAGACCGUGUACAUGCAAGGUGACUCUACCAUUAGGCAAUGGAGCGAGCGUUUGCAGAAGGUAGUACCGCUGUACCACGAUAAAAGAACCACGGAUUCACCAGUGUUUCGAGUAAGAAACAACAACCAGUGGAACAUCUCUGUUUGCUACCGUUUCCACAACGUUCCCGUUCAAGGAAGCCCUUGGGUUAAUUUUCACGACUACCGUUACACUGCUGACGAGCUAGACGCCACUCAGGGAGGCCCAAAUAUCGUGAUAGUCCUAAGUCUGUGGGCUCACUUUACUGCUGAGCCGUUGGACAUGAUUCGGUCUCGUCUGUACGCCAUACGGGGCGCCAUACACCGUCUCCUGCGCAGGAGUCCCGGCACGCGAGUUUUCGUGAGAACUGGAACAACGCGAGAACACAAGGGGGGAAAGUUCGAGUACUAUCUGCUUGCCAGCGACUGGCUGGCUUACCAGAUCACGGAGGUGAUACGAGAGGUGUUCCGGGCGGAUCCAGACGUGGUCGUGUUGGACACGUGGGACAUGAGUGUUUGUCAGCCGGGGGAAGACUAUAUUCACCCAGAUCAAACAAUGGUGGACAAUCAACUAAACAGGCUGUUUUCUCAUAUAUGCCCCAAGUACUAGUAUUGAUAGUUAGAACAUUUUUCGUAAACUUCGUAAAGAAUUCGUUGUUGCUGGAUCUUGCGGCUGUUGCUGCUUUUGCCGUGUAUGAACAUUUAAUUGCAAUAUCAUUGCUAUUUGAGUAAAUUUCCUUCAUUUUUUCAUCUGACAUGAAAAAAAUGACAAACCAAGUGAGGCAAGAUUGAAGUUGGUGCGAAGCAUCCGAUAAAAACUUGAGUAAAUCCUAAAUGUUUCAUUUGAUUAUUGUUUGGUACUUUAUUCAAGCAAACAGCUUUGUAACUGUGCGUAAGUUACAUCUUUGUUUGAUUGUCUAAAGUCAAAUAUUUUAGGCAUUGUGGUCUGGUUUCUGGGUGUAGUAGUUGAGUUUGCGACGUUUUGUAAAAAUGGAUUAUAAGAAAAGUAAAGUGUGU